AGGCAAGCGAACGAAGAGAGAUUAGAGAGACGGGUCUCACUCUCGUUAGAUUACCUCAAGUAUUAUUCUUUCUUGUAGUAAAUUAACAAAAGCUAAUUGCACGAGACAGCAUCUCGUUAUCGUAUACAUUGGUUUAGGUAAACAGUGGUGAUAAAUUGGUAAUACUUUUUUUGUGCGCAGUUACAUUUUGAUUUUUGUGUCUUACGCGUUUUUACAAUUUCCCGAGUGAACCCAUCUCCACUUUUGUGAUUUCGUUAAGAUGGCCGACGUUUCCGAGGGUAAAAAACUUACAGAAUUGCGUGUCAUUGACUUAAAAACAGAGCUAGAACGUCGUGGCCUUGACAAGACUGGGAAUAAAGCUGCAUUGCUCGAAAGAUUAGCUAAGGCCAUCACUGGCGAAGGACAUAAUCCAGACGAAUAUUUGAUAGUUCCUAGUGUGGGGCUUUCCAAAGCUACUCUUAAAAAAGCAGUUGUAGAACAGCCUACAAUGGUACCACUAGUGGAAGAAACUACCAAGGCUGAAGACACCAAACGAGUAGAAGUUGAAGAAGCAGACAAGAUUGAAAAAGUUAAAGAAACUCCAAUGGAAAUUAACGAAGUUGUAGAAGCAGAAGUAGAAGAAGACAGUAAUAAUGAUCAACAGGCUACUAAUAAAAAAAAAUCUAAAGAUGACGCACUGGUAGAAAAAUCCAACAAUUCUAUAGAUGGUGCCGAGGAACUUAUAAUCAAUAUUUCUGCUCAGCCAGAAGACCUCAACAUGGAAUGUCAAGAUGCUGAACCUGAGCCUGAAACUGAAGAAAUAGAAGAAAAAAUAGAAAAACCAAUAGAAAAUAAGUAUACUGGUUCUGAAGAUUUGAGCAAUGUAUCAGCAGUUGAAACUAAUGGAAUUGAUAAUGAAGAUUCCAUCAACUUGACUAUUGGAGAAGAUGAAGAAAAUCUACUUGCAGAAGAGUCUGAAUCCAAUGAUAGGUCUAAAGCAGAUGGAGAUAAUAAGAAGAAAAUGGAAGAGAGUGACAACAGCAACAACAACAGUGACAUCAGUAUCAACAAGAAGGGAGACUCUAAAGGUAGCGGCAAAACAGAGAGCAGUGCUAGCGACAAGGAAGAGGAAACUGCAUCUACUACAACACCAGCUUCUUCUGGUCCUAGUGCAACAGGAGUGAAGAACAAACAAGAUGGAGAAGGAAACAAGAGCUCUGAUACAAAAAAAGAAAGCUCCAAAAAGGAGGAUUCCAAGGAAAAAAGUUCUUCAAGCAGCUCAAAUUCGUCAAGUAGAAAUCUUUGGGUUUCCGGUCUAUCGCAUUCAACUCGUGCCACUGAUUUGAAACAAAUUUUUUCAAAGUAUGGAAAAGUCAUCGGGGCUAAAGUAGUGACAAACGCUAGAACACCUGGAUCAAGAUGUUACGGUUAUGUUACAAUGUCUUCGAGUGAUGAUGCUGUCAAAUGUAUCGAAAAUUUACACAAAACAGAGCUGCAUGGCAGGGUUAUCACCGUUGAAAAAGCAAAAAGCGACUCCCAACAAAGAGAUAAUCGCAAACAAGCUGCUUCAAAAACUGAUAAAAAAGAUGAAAGAUCGAAAGAUUCGGAAUCUAACGAUAAAGAAGCUGAAAAAAAAUCUGAUGAUCAAAAAGACGCGGAAGAUAAAAACGUCAAAGAUAAAAAAGAUGCCAAAAUCGAUGAAUCAAAUAGUGAUCGAGACAAACGCGAAAGCAACAGUCAAACUAAGGAUGAAGGCUCUUUAAAAGAUUGUGAUGCUCGUUCAAACAAAUCAGAAAAAAAAUCUGAUCAUGGUCGAGGUAGUAGCCGGGAGGAUAAAAAGCGUUCUUGGGAUCGUGCACGCUCAAGAUCCAAAAGCAAAGACCGAACCCGGCGUGAUAACGUAUUAUCCUUUGAUAAAAUAAAGGAGGAACGCGAACGACAGCGUAAUCGAGACAAAGAGCGUCAAGCUCGAGAAGAAAAACGUCGUCAGUUUGAAGAUAUGAAACGCAAACGUGAUAUAGAACGCGAAGCUGCUCGUCUCGAGCGCGAACGUGAAAAGCUCCGCCUAGAACGAGAGCGAAUUGAACAGGAAAAAGCCGAGUUACUGCGUUUAGAACGCGAGCGUCAAAAACUCGAACGCGAAAAGUUGGAACGUGAGCGUCAAGAAUUAAAGCGUCAACAGGCUAGGUUGGAAGAAAAUCGCCGAGCUCCACCACCACCAGCUGCCCUGAAACGCACUUUGUCUGAUAGACGUGAACCCCGUGAUUCUUAUCCUGAAUCCGACAGAAAAAGGAUGGCGACCGACGGUCGCAGCCGACACAGUCCAUCUGAUAGAUCUGACCGUAGACCAGACGUACUCGAAAGAGUUGAAAGAAGAAUCGAAAGUUCAAGAUAUGACUCUAGACCAAAAGAUAUGGGCAUGUCAAAACCUUUCAAAGGUGGCAGAGGCGGUGGGGACUUUGCAUCGCGUGGUGGGCGAGAUCAUUUUGAAUCUACCAGAGGGGGUGGUAGAGGAGGAAGAGGAGGUGUCAGAGAUACCCGAGGACCACCACAAAAUGAUCAUAGACCUGGAAAAGACAGAUAUGAAAGGCCAACAACGUUUGGACGCGAACGUGAAGUACAUAGAGUUGAGGAGAGUUAUAGAGGUGGACGAGAUACUCGUUACGAAGCCAAACCCACUCGUGACACUCGAUACGAUGUGGGAGGAACGAAACCGACAGGUUGGCAAUCAGGACCACCAGCAAAACCGACUUAUAAUACGACUAAUACACGAAAUGAACACAGUGGCUGGAAUAAUCGAUCUUCAGAUACAAGAGUGACGUCGCAAUGGAAUCGAACUGAUAAUGUCAGUAAUAACAUGGGUGGUGGCAAUGGUGGCAAUGGUGGUCAUAGUGGACACCAGCGCUCACAAGUAUAUCAGACAGGACCAAAUCAAUACGGUAGUAGCAACAUGUCACAAGGAAACAGUGGGACAUCGUAUGGUGGUGCCAGAUUUGAUCCUUACAAAAAUUCCAUGCAAAUGAGGAAAUACUAAAAAAAAAAUAAAAAUCAUCAAACCAUUGUUUAUGCAUGGAAAAAUCAUUAGGUUGAAAGAAAAAUGAAAUCGUAUUUUAUGCUACAUGUAUAAGUAUUCAUACCAUGAUUAUUAACUAGUGUUUGUUUGAUCAUUGUAUUUUUUAAAGUAUGUGAUGACCGGACUUUUAUAAUUAAAAAUAUGGAUUUAUGUUUCAUGACGUAGAAAUUGUGGUCAAUGAGUAACUUUGACGAUCGAGUUUAUAUCAUCUACUUAUAUAAACUGUUGUUACUACUUCACUUUUCAUUCAAAAGUGGUACAUAAUUAUGUAUUAUUAUCAAUGCAAUUAUAUAUGAAUGCAUGGAUGUCUAUACAAUUAGAUAUUUAAGAGAAUUUCAGCUAUAAAUUAGACACUACUUUAGAGUAGUACCUUAAAAUGCUGUAAAAAGUUGAGUAAGUUCCAUAUGAACAAAUGUAAAUUUAACCAUAAUCAAUAAUUGUAAUUAAGGAACGAUUUUUUAUGUAAAGGUCAUGUUUGUAAUGUAGGUUUGUAUGGAAGAGUGAAAGAUUACUGUUUAUAAUCUAAUU